GCCCAGUCUCUCCUCUUUCCCCUCUGACCCUCUUCCAGAUAAUCUGACCGCCGUGUAAACCUUCGCGGUUUAAUAUUGUGCAACUUCCACCUCUCGCUCGCCCUCCGACCCAGCCCCCUCCCCCGAAUCCAGGGGAACUCCCGCUGCCCCGCGUUUAUUAGGAGCUGCGGGCUCCUGCCUCUCACUCGCCCUCUGCUCUGCUCAAACUCGGCUGGUGGGCGAGCCUGCUUCUUCCUCUCCGUCAGCCCUGGGCAGAACUUCCGUCUCUCUCCAGCCAUGCGUCUCCUUGUAAUUCUGCUUUUCGCGCUCUGGUCUGCAGCGUUGGCCGAGGACUCGGAUGACUAUGAGCUCAUGUAUGUGAACAUGGACAACGAAAUAUUCAAUGGACUCCAUCCCACUGAAGACCGUUGUGAAACAGCCAUUUUAUUCCCAAUGCGUUCCAAGAAGAUUUUUGGAAGUGUGCAUCCAGUGAGGCAAAUGAAGCUUGAGUCUUUUAGUGCCUGUAUUUGGGUCAAAGCCACGGAUGUAUUAAACAAAACUAUCCUGUUCUCCUAUGGCACAAAGAAGAAUCCAUAUGAGAUCCAGUUAUACCUCAGCUACCAGUCCAUAGUGUUUGUGGUGGGUGGAGAGGAGCACACACUGGUUGCGGAUACUGUGAUUUCCCUGGGAAAGUGGACCCAUCUGUGCAGUACCUGGAAUUCAGAGGAAGGGAGCGCAUCCCUGUGGGAAAAUAGUGAACUGGUGGCUACCACAGUAGACGUGGCCACAAAGCAUGUUGUUCCCGAGGGAGGAAUCCUGCAGCUUGGCCAAGAAAAGAAUGGCUGCUGUGUGGGUGGGGGCUUUGAUGAGACAUUAGCCUUUUCUGGAAGACUCACCGGCUUCAAUAUCUGGGACCGUGUCCUCAGCGAGGAAGAGAUAAGAGAGACUGGAGGAGCAGAGUCUUGUCAGAUCCGGGGAAAUGUUGUUGGGUGGGGAGUUACUGAGAUUCAGCCACACGGAGGAGCUCAGUAUGUUUCCUAAGUGCUGUGAAACUCUACUUGAAGCCAAAGAAAGAAACUCGCAUUCUAAAUAUAUGCCAGUGGGGAAAGUCUGAAAACCUCAGUGCAUAAUAAGAACACUGUGACUAAUGAAGGAGAGAGUUGAGAUUGGUCUUUAUUUAUCUUGGCGAAAUGAUAAAUAAAUAGUCGAAGGUAGGACAUUGGAGAAAGCUUUUGGGGAUAUUGUUACUAGACUUUAUGCCGUAGUGCUUUCAGAUUAAUGCAGUGUUUCUGUCAGAUAAACUUUCAAAUAAUUAAAAAAGACUGUAUUCUUGAACAGAAGGACAAUUGUUUUACUUUUCUUUGGUUAAUUUUGUUUUGGCCAGAGAUGACUUUUACAUUGGAAGAAUCACAAAACAAGAUUUGUUGUCCACUGUUUGUUCUUGUUGGUAUGUACCUUAUUAUAAAAAAUGAUGGAAAGGUAUUUAUACUAUAGAGUGACUUACAAACCUAUGUGUAGUUUAUGUGCUAUGAUCAAAAGUCACAUUUUUGAGAAGAUAGCUGUAUAAGUUAUAUUGUAAA